AUGACCCAUUAUGCCUUACGGUUUGGGUUCAAGGCCUCGAAUAAUAAAGCUAAGUAUGAAGCACUCCUUGCAGAACUACGCCUAGCCUCCGAGCUCGGUGUUAAACAACUUUGCAUUUUCAGGGACUCCCAAUUGGUGAUAAACCAUGUCACUGAAGAAUACCAAGCUCAAGAUGGAAGCAUGAGUGCCUACCUAGCCAAGGUCAAGAAGUUGUUGGAUGAUUUUAUUGGUUAUGAAAUCAUUCAAAUUCACCAUAUUAAGAAUACGAAGGUUGACUCCCUAGUUCAAUUGGCGUCUUCUUUCUAUAUUGACCUUGGAAGAUCUAUCCUGGUGGAAUUCUUAGUUAGCAUAGAGGAAUAUUCCUUAGAAGUUUUCCCUAUUGGUUCCGAGCCAACUUGGAUGGAUCCAAUAUGUGAUUAUCUAGCUCAUGGAGUCCUACCUGAAGACAAAGCAGAAGCUCAGCGUGUACAGUGUAGGUCAUCCCGAUAUUUGAUCAUCAACAAGAAGUUGUAUAAAAGAGGUUUUUCUUUGCCAUACCUACGAUGCUUGACACCAAAUGAAGCUGAUUACGUGCUUUGUAAAUGUUGA